UGAGAGAUGACGGUUGGUCUCUCAGCAGCUCUCCGUUGAUUUCUGAGCGAAAAAUGCGCAGUUUUCGCCUUAAAACCGAUUAAAACCCAGCGUAUCCUAUCCAUCAGCCGAGAGUACACGGUUUCCUGACGCAAAGUGAUGAAAAAACGGAAUCUCCUCCUAAUUAAUCGGUUAUUUCAUCGAGCGUUCAGUGAGGAGCACCGUUAGCCUUAGCCUCGCCCCUUCACCUUCCAGUCUGCCGAUCCUAGAGAGUGAGACUGCUGCAGAUCACUGCACCCCAGCUGGUGCUUUAAUCGCUGUCCAGGGUGCUGAACUCCUAAACAACCACCCACUGCUGCUAACGGACCUCUGCUGACCUUCCUCCAACCACCACAGACUAACGCGUACCACACACCUUCGCAGCAAUGGAUGAGGGGUACCGAGACCGGACAGCCUUCAUCAAAGGCGCCAAAGACAUCGCUAAGGAGGUGAAACGGCAGGCGGGCAAGAAGGUGGGCCGCCACGUGGACAAGAUGUCCGAUGAGUACACCAAGCGAUCGUACACGCGCUUCGAGGAGGAAGACGAUGACGAUGAUUACCCCGUCCAGGCGCAGGACGGCAGCUACUACCGCAGCAACAGCCGUGCCAAUGACGACGAGGGUGCCCACAGCGACUCCACGGAGGGCCACGACGAGGAUGACGAGAUCUACGAGGGCGAAUACCAGGGCAUCCCUCGCAACGACUCGGUGAGCAAGGCCGACGGGCAGCCAGGCGGAGCCCCCCACUCACAGUUCCGGGACAUGGCGCAGUACGAGGGCGAGAGGCGCAAAGACCAGGAGGAGCUGGCCCAGCAGUACGAGACCAUCCUGCAGGAGUGCGGCCACGGGCGCUUCCAGUGGACCCUCUACUUUGUGCUGGGGCUGGCUCUCAUGGCCGACGGCGUGGAGAUCUUCGUGGUGGGCUUCGUGCUGCCAAGUGCUGAGAAAGACAUGUGUCUCUCCGAGCCCAACAAAGGCAUGCUGGGUCUCAUUGUAUAUCUGGGUAUGAUGGUGGGAGCAUUCGUGUGGGGUGGUCUGGCUGAUCGGAUUGGUCGCAGGCAGACUCUGCUCAUCUCUCUCUCCAUCAACAGCGUCUUUGCUUUCUUCUCCUCCUUCGUCCAAGGAUACAGCUCCUUCCUGUUCUGCCGCCUGCUCUCCGGUGUUGGGAUUGGAGGUUCAAUUCCCAUAGUCUUCUCAUAUUACUCUGAGUUUUUGGCUCAGGAGAAGCGUGGAGAGCACUUGAGCUGGCUCUGCAUGUUCUGGAUGAUUGGAGGAAUCUACGCUUCAGCCAUGGCAUGGGCCAUCAUUCCCCACUAUGGAUGGAGCUUCCAGAUGGGUUCAGCCUACCAGUUCCAUAGCUGGAGGGUGUUUGUGCUGGUCUGUGCCUUCCCCGCGGUGGCUGCCAUCGCAGCUCUGAACACCAUGCCAGAAAGCCCACGCUUCUUCCUGGAGAAUGGGAAACAUGAUGAAGCCUGGAUGAUCCUGAAACAAGUCCAUGACACCAACAUGAGGGCCAAGGGCUACCCUGAGAGGGUCUUCUCUGUGACCACUAUUAAGACAGUGAAGCAGAUGGAUGAGUUGGUGGAUAUGGGAGGUGAUGCCACAGCCUGGCACCAGCGCUGGAGGAUCAAGCUUACCAAUCUCUUUCAUCAGGUGUGGAGCAACUUCCUGACCGUUUUCAAUCCUGAGUACCGCCGUACCACCUACAUGAUGAUGGCUGUGUGGUUUUCCAUGUCAUUCAGCUACUACGGCCUGACGGUGUGGUUCCCUGACAUGAUCAAGUACCUGCAGAAGCAGGAGUACUCUUCACGCACCAAAGUCUUCAUCAAGGAGAAAGUGGAACAUGUGACCUUCAACUUCACCCUGGAGAACCAGAUCCAUCGCCAAGGAGAGUACUUUAACAACAAGUUUUUGAACCUGAAGAUGAAGUCUAUGGUGUUUGAGGACUCUCUGUUUGAGGAGUGUUACUUCGAGGACAUCACCUCCACCAACACCUUCUUUAAAAACUGCACCUUCAUCGCCACCCUCUUCUACAACACAGAUCUGUUUAAAUACAGGCUGGUCAACAGUCGUCUCAUCAACAGCACCUUCCUGCAUAACAAAGAGGGCUGCUUGCUGGACUUCAGUGACGAGAACAACGCCUACAUGAUCUACUUUGUCAGUUUUCUGGGCACGCUGGCAGUCCUGCCCGGGAACAUUGUGUCUGCUCUGCUCAUGGACAAGAUCGGACGCCUGAGGAUGCUGGCCGGUUCCAGUGUGAUCUCCUGUGUCAGCUGUUUCUUCCUGUCAUUUGGAAACAGCGAGUCGGCCAUGAUUGCCCUCCUCUGUCUCUUUGGAGGCAUCAGCAUUGCGUCGUGGAACUCCUUGGACGUACUGACAGUAGAACUGUACCCGUCUGACAAGAGAACCACUGCCUUCGGCUUUCUGAAUGCCCUGUGUAAGCUGGCCGCAGUGCUGGGAAUAAGCAUCUUCCAGUCCUUCGUGGGCAUCACCAAAGCGGUGCCCAUUCUCUUCGCCUCGGGAGCGCUGGCGGCCGGCAGCUUCCUGGCGCUGAAGCUUCCGGAGACGCGGGGGCAGGUGCUUCAAUAGUGCAGCCUCCCUGCCAGCAGGUGGCGACGUUGAAUAGGAAGUGUUUCCCAAAACCCCAUUGAGUGAGCCACGCUGCGAGCAGCGGAGAAUACCACACAAAAAUCUACCAUUUUUUAAAAAUCCUCUCAUUACAGGAGAUCAGUUGUAGAUGUUGUUUCAUUAAGCCCCUUCUGUUUCUGUGUCGAACUUUUACUGAGCAAAUUCAUUUUGAAUCAUUUUCAGCAGCAAACAGCGACAGUUCUUAGCAAACACAGGUCAGAUUGUAGAACCGCUCACUUUUCCUUCCCUUUUCCUUUUUCCCUUUGAGGUCAUGAAGUUGGGAGAUUAAUCUCGCCACAGAAAAGCCAUCUACCCAUUUAGUAAUCGUUUAAUCCAGUCUUGUGCAGGUUGCUCUCUUCAUAUACACUAGAUUUCAAAUUCACACUUCGCCUGUAUUCAUUCGUCUGUAACAAGUCAAGUGGCAUGGUUUUAAGGAUGUCGGGUUUGAGUCCAGGGCUAUUAUACUCUGAGGUCUGAGGACUGAUCCCGUCCUUAUCUGUUAUUAGCGCCCUUACAGGGAAAACAAAGGUUGUGUGUGGGUAUAUAUGUGUGGGUGUGAGUGUGUAUAUAUGUCAAAAUGUGUGCAUAUAUGUGUGUGUAUGUGUUGAACAACUGCCAUUUUUGACACAUUCCAAAGUUUAUUUGUAGUUUUGUGAGAGUUUUAUGUGAGAACCGGCCUGUGAUGAGUUUAACUUCUCCCUUUAAUCUUAGUCCAAGCCAUUCUGUCGUGGGAAAUCAUGGAGAGUGAGAGUGAUGGGCGUUGUUUUUGGUUUUGAUGGGGGUUGAUGGGGUUGUUGGGGGUCGUUGGGGUUGUUAUUUUCUGCACGGACAGUGUUUCGAGUGUUCUUUGCUCUCUUGUGGUGCUGGUUGUUGUUGUUAUUUUCCGCUCACGGUAUCCUACCGAAAGGAAGCGGCGUGAAAUCUUGAAUCGGUGGGCGUGACGAAGCUCACAUUUAGAUCACGUCGUUAUUUCUUUUUUUUUUUUUUUUUAUUUUGAGGUAGGGAUCUUCGAUGGUAGAGUCGGAUCGUAAUAUGGUAAUAUGAUGAGCGCACUGUAAACUUUGUAAGGUUUAGGAGAGGAAUCAAAGAUUCGCAGAGAGUCAUAGAGAGCCAUAAAGAGAGAGAGAGAAUGCUGGUGUUCUUUCAGAAGUGGCUUUAUUGAUAUUGAUAUAAAGUUUUGAGAAGAUGAAUGAGAAUAUAAUAUAUGGUUUAUGACAGUAUGACAGCCUACAUGACCUGAGUGCUCUAUCUCUAUCCCCAUACUCUACCCAUGAUGAUUUCUGAGAUAAUGUAAAAAAGAAAAUGUGACAUAAGAAGAUGUUAAUAAAAUGUUGGCCCCUUUAGAAAUAAAAGGGGGAUAUGUGGUUAUACGUUGACAAUAUAUUCCAAGAUAUAAAUAGAAUAUAUUGUAGUAUAUUUUCAGUAGAUUUCAGACUUUUUUGUAUGGGCAUGCAUGUCCCAUUCCAAACUAGAAAACAACCAUUGCCCCUAUAUUCACGAAUAUAUGUAUUCCAUAACAGGCCCCUCCUCACAUUCCAUCCUCGUGUUUUUCCUUGAAUGUGCACAGCUUCUGAUUUUUUGGAAUUUACCGAUCAGCAGCGUGCGAAAAACUAUAGUGAUGAAAAAAACACGUCUUUUCUUCCACCCACAUGAGUCUCCUUGAAAAAGACAAAAAAAUCAAAUGAAAAAAUCUGAGAGGGGCAAAAAAAAAGCAAAUCAAGCACAAGACGGUUUGAUGAGACUAUCAAAAAACCAAUAGGUUUUAUUUUGAAAAUGCUGUAAAUGAUGUACUGAAUAUAAAUAUACAGUUCAGUCUGUCUGUUUGAACACUCUAGCUAAUGUUAAAUAUAUAAAUAUAUAGGGAAAAACUCUGAAUAGAUAAAAAUCUAUUUCUUUCCGUUUCAGAUGUUGAAAUCUAGUACCAUAAUGUCUUAGAUAGGUUCUACUUGAUGUCUGUAUAUAUAAAUAUAUUGGUUUAAGGUACUUUUAUUUUGAACAAAAGCAAAUAUUCAGAGACCUGACGGAAGCAAGUCAAACACAAAUGCAAUUCAUGCGCGAUGUGUUUUGUCCAUAUGUUCUUUUCCGUUCUUACGAUGACUAAGAGGUACCCGUAGAUAUGUACGUAUGUAUGUGAGUGUGUGUGUGUGUGUGUGUACGUGUGUACGUGUGUGCGUACGUAUGUGUGCGUGUGCGUGCUUGCAUGUGAAACGUUGAGGUGUUCCACAGAAUAAUAUUUGUAUGCAUUUAUUUCUAUGGUUGCGAGAGUUUUUGAUUUUAUAGUCUUUUUUACUUUGGAUGUCUGUAGAAAACAGGUUGUGCCACAUAACACAGGGUAAAUUUAUUGCUGUAAUGUUGUUUGACGUGAAGUUCUCAUCACUACACAGUUAAAAAUCUUGAAAAAAAUGAAUGAGAGUGUAUAAGAUUUAUCAUUUUAAAAAGUGCUGGACAUUAAAAAGUUAGUCAAACUUUUUGUCAGUAUAAACUGAAUUGAAAUCUGGGGCGUUUUAGAAAGCUGAGUGAACACAGCACAAAAAGAGAACGGAAGAACUGAAAUUAAUGUUUUUUGUUUGUUUCAUUUUCCAAUCUGGUGGUUUAUGUUUACUUCAGCGUAGAACUUCAGAUCAUUCGGUCCGUACAAUUCCUCUUAUCUAGAGUACAACUGAUGACUGCCUUCCGUUAAUUACACAGAUACGUCUAGCAAAAAAUAAAGAGCAGGUUUCCAGUCUUAGAUGCUUCUGUUUGCAGAUAGUGCUAAUCACAAAGAAAAUGCAGAGGUGUCACUCUUCUUUACUGCCAUUUUGUAGGAUAGCAGCCAUAUUCUGGACGCACUCAGACUAAAAAAAAGGACACUGGAGUUUGGUGUUCCUUGCAUUAAAUUAAAAUACACUGCAAAAAAUGAAAGUAGAAAAAAAUGAGGAUAUCUUCUGGCUGGUAUCAACUGAUUAUGAGAUUGUCAAUAAGAUAUUCUAAGAUUUCUCAGCUCCUUUGUAAAUGUUUUUAGUUUUUUUUUUUUGCUUAAAUUUGACCGGUAGAAUAUAGUGCUUGAAUGGGCCAAGUAACAAAUACAAGCUUAUGGUCCUUAGAGGAAAGUCUUUUAAUUUGGUGGCUAUUUUGCAAAAAGGCCAGUCAGUUAUUUCUGGUGAAAAAAGAACAGGAUUUCAUUUCUUUAAACAAAAAGAGAUCAAAAUACUAGACGCUGUAGGUCAAAUUUCUGCUUUAUGACAUAUUGUAAAAAAAAAAAAUUACCACAUCAAGUUGAAAGUUGAUUGGCUAUUUUGUUAAAUGGCUGGAUGUUGUCUGUGAACAGAUGCCAUGUUGAACAUAUAUUUGAAUAUUUGAAUCACUGGCCUCCUAAUUUGUAAAACGACUCAUACAUACUACUCUAUGUAUUACCAGUAGAGCAAUGUCUUAAAGCAAUAAAAAUAUCUAAAACCAAUCUCAUAAUAAUAAAAAAAAAACAUCCUUUACAUGGCGCAACUAUCUAAGUGCUCCCCAGUGAUGCCACAGCCAUCCAUAAGUUCCAGACAGCACAAAUGGCUUUGAUCUCACAUGGAUGGGUAAUAUGACCCUCAGCCAGCGUUGGCAAAUUAAAGAUUUUCUGAAAUCUAUCUGUGUAUCUUUUUGACAAGACUUUAGAUAAUCUCUCUUACCAAAAUAUUAUUAUUUGCAGUGUAGAAAAAUGACGAUUUGUUACCAAAGUAGUUCUGUGAUGGAUUCUAAGCACACAAUCAGCCACAGCCUAAACUCAGCGUCCCACAGUCAGGCCAGUCAGGCUUCUCUGUGCUCCAGCAAAAACAACUUAAGCAAAUCAGACUUUAAUUAAGGGAUCCCAGUACAAAUCACUCAAGAACCUGCCUUUUACUUUUUCACUAUAAGGUCAGAAACAAACCAUCAGUGACAAUCUGAGCAGGAGCAAAAAACUAGAGAGCUGCCACUCAUAUAGGACCCAAACCAGAGUUGCACAAUGAUCUACUCAGUUACAAACGAAACAGAGCAACAAACUCACGUUUUAUACCCUACAGAGUCUCCUAAAUAGAGCUUUGCAAAAAAAAGGUUGGCACUAGGAUGGCAGAGGAUGGCACUAUUAAAGUGUUUAGUGCUGUCACUGUCAUUUAUAAUUUAAUAACCUUGCAGUUAUCUUGAUUUAAUCAUGUUUUUUGCCCUAAACAAUGUACAAAACAUAUUAUUAAUACACUUUGCACUGCAUUUAAAAAUUGCAGUUCAUAUAUAUUCUUUUAUAUAUUGUUAAUAUUGAUAACUGACUUUACCUUAAGUUUAAUCUUAAUGGAAAUUAAAUUAUGUUGGAUAAAUUAACCAUUUAUUAAAACAUGUGGUUGUAGUAUAAAAUUUAACUACAAAAAUUACAAUUAGUCCAGUACAGAAGAAAUUGUCAGUUGUUACAGAAACAGGUUUAUACACAAGCCUGAUACCUUGUAUAUAAGUUGAAUAACACAUGGCCCAACAUGUUUAAAAAGUAUUUUAAGGAAUUUAAUAGUUAAGUGGAGUUAUGAAUAUAACUUAAUUUUGGGAGACUGAUCCACGCCCUUGCUCCUCUUAUUCCCCACCCUAUAUAAACCCUCAAUUCCUCUCUCCCUGCGUGUCCAACAACUUCACACCCACCUCCUCCCCAUCUUCCUCCUUCUUCCCUUUACUCUUGCCAUUUCCUGUAUCUCUUCUCGUGGGCGGGGCUUCAGCUUUACAGCCCUGCAAAGCUGCCCCAAACUCCUGCCCAAAACCUCUGAGCCCCUUUUUUAUUUUCCAUCUAAGGGCGUGGGAAAUACUAGCAAAUUAAAUGUUUAAUAUGGCAUAAUGUUUAAUGCAUUUAUAAAAUGAACAAAAUUAAGUUCUAAUCUGAGUAAUUGUGACAGCACUACUCAUGUGCAUUUGAAAGCGUAAGCUUAUAAAAAGCUUAUAUUUGCAAAGUUCCAUUUAGGCACUUUGUGUAGCACCGUUUAUUUAUUAUUUUUUAUUUAUCAGGGAAUCAGAUCCAGUUCAACAUUAUUUUAAGGUUACAUAUGAAAAAGCACAUCCCGCAUCAUUUCUCAAGUUUGCCAUUCCUCAGCAGGCUAUCACUGCCAAGUCAGUCAGGCGGAGUCUCUGCCGAUACCUGUUUCCAUCCGCGGUUGUACAGCAUGUAAAUCUUAGGCGUCACGUCUCCUCCGUGUUGUCUUUGGUCCGUUCAUUGAACUACAGACAAGGAUGUCAAUAUCGCUGUCGUACGCUGUGAACACGCUGAUCUACAGUAAACGAUCUCAGUGAAGCUGUGGAUUAUUUGUACGUAAAUAAAAUAGCAGUCCUGAAAUUUGUGAACUUCACCUGUUUGGAUUGUUACUGGGUGUUUUAAUGAUUGUUCAGAUUUCUCGUUUUUGUUUCUUGUUUUUUGUUUCGUAUUUCGAUGAUUAGCAGUCAAUCGUGUGCGCAAAAAGAAAUCAAAGCAAUAAAAGUGACUGACAGGUUUCUUUGCUCCGCCCCCUCCAGCCCCCGCACCCUCCCUCCCCCCAUUCUAUUGGGAAAAGUAAAAGCACACUGAAAAACGAACAGGCCACAUGCAAUGAGAUGUGUAGUGAUUUAAAGAAAACAAUAUAUAUAGAGAGAAAUAUAAAUAUAUAAAUAUACAUAUAUAUACAUAUAUAAAUAAAUUAAUAUCUGAAAGGCCAAUGUCAGUGAUUCUACAAAUAUCCCAUAGGUCUUUUGAUGCUUUUGUCGAUUACAAUGUAUCGCCAUGAUUUCAAUGUGACAGAGUUUAUCACCUUAUCAUUGUACUGUGCUGUAGAGAUUGUAGUUGUUUGUAUGUAAAAGUAUAAAUAUGUGGAACAAUAAAAAAGUGAAAAAGACAAAAACCGUUGAACACAAGAACUAGAGUACUAUUGUAUGUUGUUCAUUUUUGUGAUCCGUUUCUUUUUUGUACAUGAGAAUGACAAUGGCGUAACGACGUUGACAUUAUCAUUGAACAUGAAGACUAUUUCAAUGUUACACCAAAAUGGUUCUGUAUUAAAGGUUCGUGAGAGACUUCUCAUUUUCCGAGUCAUGCUGGGACCUGCGCUGCACCUGUGCAGUGAACCAACCCUGUUCUUCAGCGAAAUGAUGAAAACCUACAUAUGGAUAAUAAACAAAUGUCAUGAAGAUCAAA